CCUUAAAAUCAAAAUGGCGGCAAAUUGAAGCAGACAACUCGAGACUGUCAUGGAUAUUAUUUCGGAAAUACUCGAUUUCAGGAAACCUUUUCAACCUUACCUCUGUUUGCAUAUGAGCCAAUGAAAAUUAUCAACCUAUGCAGUGCAAUAAAGGAAUCAAAUCAAAGUGUCCAAGGAAAUAAGAUACGACACUGUCACCUCCAUUGAUGCUGUAUCUGGCCGGUCUGUAAAAUUGUUAAUGGCUAUAAAUCCUCUGUUUUCAAAUUACAAACCUCUGUACUCAAGUCUGAGCUGUCAAAUUGUCAACAUGUCAAGAGAUUCUGACAAGCCUCCCGAGAAGAGACGAAGAACAGAUGAUGAGACUGAGGCAAAGUUUGAUGAAAUGUGGGAUGAUGAAAUGGUAUUCAGCCAGGCAGACAUACAAAGCAUUGAUGUCAUGGCUUCACAAGCAUACACAACUAAAACAAAGAAAGAACAUCCAAAAUCAAAUGGAGGAACUCAACCUUAUCCACUUGGCAGAAAGAAGGCUAGAUACCCCAUCAGUACAGAUGAUCAACAACCUGUUCCCUGCCCAUCAGUAUCUCAAACCUCAAGGAAGUCUUCUACGUCACUAUCUUUAUCAAAAGGGUCAUCCUCAACUGCAUCAUCAGCAUAUCCUUCCUCUUUGUCAAGCAAUCGCGGCAGUGAAGGUGGAAAUGUGUCCUCAGUAUCAAGCCACAGCAGUUUGGACUCUGGGAGAGGAGACUCUAGGUUACAACAGCAGCCAACAGAGAAAGCUGAAGUUAAAGACAACUUGUAUGCUAAAGAUGGUGAGAUUAAGAUCCUGAGAGAAUCCCUGAAAAGGAGAGAGGCAGAGUUGGUUAAGAUGCGAGAAGAUCAUGCUCAUCUUAUUGAACAAAUGAAUUCACAGAAAGCUUCAUUGAAAGAAGCCUUAAAAACUGACACAGAUAGAUUACAAACCCAGCUGCAGUUCCGGGAUCAGGAAUUUAAAGAACUUGAGGAGAGAUGUAGACUCAUGGAACAAAGGAUCCAGGCUUAUCACUCAGGGUCCCCGUUGAAACAUUCAAGCCCCACAUCUCGGAGUCCUGCCAGUAGGAAAGUGAGACCAGACGCUUCACCACAUUCUAAAUCUUCCUUCCCUUCAAGACAGAGCUUCAUGUGUAAUGAGAGAGAAUCUAGUGAACCAAGCCAAUCUACAAGCACUGCACAACAGGAACCUAGUUCUCAACAGGUGUUGAGUAAAGGAAUGACCAAGUCGGUCGGAGUGAAGCCAGGGACACAGAGGAGUAGAAGACAUGUCCUCAACACAAGUAUGACCAGAGGGGAGGUAACUGGUCCCUGUCUUGUGUACCACAUGUAUGAGCAUCAUCCAGCGGGUCCCCAGGAUCCCGGCGACCAUGGGGUGAUUGGACUGCUGCAUUCACCCGCCACCCACCUCGACCUGCACAACAUACAGUUCGACAGAGAUUCAACCUCACAUAUCCUGUCACCAGUUAGAAGCAAACGGUUGUCUGACCUCCAUGCCAGUCUACAGAGUGCGGAGAGUGCCGACACGUGCAGUGUUGUACCCAGAGACCACUACCUCAUGGCCGUGGAGGGUCUCCAGGACUUGCUCAAGUCCUUGUCACAGUGCAGUGAUACUGUCCCGAACACUGACCCACACCUCGCUCACACACAGGAACUGUCGGGAGCCGUGCUGAUCCUGCCCCUUAUAAAUGACUACCUGUCUCAUUACCUUGAUAUAUUAAGCAACGCCCCGGCUCCAGGGUCUUCAUCAGGGACAUUGAAUUCCAGUUUGGGUCGGGGGAGUGUUAGUGAAAGCUCCCUGGAAUCUGUGACAAGCUCCAUUGGUUUGUUACUGAAGGACUAUCAGAGUUCGGCCAAUAAUUUAGAGUGUUUAUGUUUGACUUCUUUACGGACUUUGCACAAACUUGUGAUGUUCAGUGCAGCUGUGAGGAGGUCCCUGAUGGACAAGACAGACUGGAACCACAACCGAUCAGAUGCUAGUUUGGAUGGAUACCGGGCCUCAGGUGACAGCUCUGCAUCAGGGGAAGUUGCCAUGGACACAGACAUCCCAGUUACAUCUUCCUCCGAUAAUGACACAAUGUCCUUGGAUUCCCGAGUGACGUUCAGACAGUUACAAGAGCUCAACCUGCUGAACAAGAUCGUCAAGCUUGCACACCCACAGGGCGAGUCCUACAAUGUGUGUAUGGUAGAGGAAGCACUCAACAUCAUCAUUCUGUUAGCCAGCAUCUGGAAGGAUGACAAUCAUUUCAGGUUACAUUCUGCCAUGGCAAGAGGUGCCUUGUUGACCUGCCUGGAGUGCAAGGUCGGCAUGACCCAGUGGGGCAUCAUCACACGGGCAGUCACAGUACUAGGGCAUCUCACACGCACACAGAAAGUUGUACAGGUUCUCUGUACAAAGUCAGAGGCGUGUCCCCUCCUGCAUCUGUACCUGGUGAGCCUGAAGCUGACGGACGACACAGUCUGGGACACCCGGGAGGUCAUCUAUCAACAGACGGUGACAUGCUUGACUAACAUGGCUUCUGAUCCCGCCGACGCCAGUACCAUCCUAGGCAGCAACUGCCCCUGCAGUCAAGAGGCCGGCCGGUGUCUGGUGGUGUGCAUGUUACGCCUGUACCAGCACUACAAGGGGCAGCAUCCUGCCCACACCCUUCAGAGCCUGCGUGAUGGACUCCUGCUGCUCCAACUCCUGCAACAACGGCAUGAGCAGUACCUCACCGACCGCGACUACGAGCUGCAACACGACUACGUCACUCUUAUCUGUGGUCUCACCUCUCUCUUCAGACAGUUGCCAGGCAACCAGGAGACUGAGAUGAAUGCCCUGACAGAUCUCUGGGACUUCAAUCAAGAUGAUUCUGAAUUGUCACCUGACAGCGAUCAAGAAGACUUUAUGGAAUCCUGAGAUCUGGUUGCCAUGGUAUUUUACAGCUGCACCUACUGUAAUUCUUGAGCAUGGAGAGAGUUUGAAUGUGCAUUAAUGGAAGAUCAUCAUUUUUACUCAACAUGAAGAGUCAAAAUUUGACAAAAUCCAGUGUCGUUUUUUCAGAAGAAAUCAACUUUACGGCAUAAGGCAUUGAUCAUAUUGAAACCAAUAAGAGUCUUGCUUAACAUUGCUUAAGAUUUGUUUAUGAGACAUAUUAUUUAAUUUUUACCUUUAAUAAAAUUAAAUCACUUUUAAGUUAUUUAUUGCUAUAGGUCUCAGGGAAUACAUGACUUUGUUCAUGUAGAAUCUAGCAGUUAUUGCAAACUUAUAGUAACAUGAUUGUCUACAAUGCUAUAUAAAGCAUAUCAAUAUUUAGUGUGUCAGAUUAGUCAUUUUAUGUCCAAAGAAGCUCUAUCUCCAAUCGUGGUUAGAUCACAGCAUUUUCUGAAUACAUGUAUGUUGUGAAGUUAUUUUACAUUUACUGCGUGUUGAAAAAAGGCCAGCUUUAACAAUUCCAGCAAAUGAAACUGUGAUAAUAUUGACUGCUUAAAUGAUGACGUCAACCGUAGAAAAACAUUGUUAUGUACACUGCACAUUUUUAGUCAAAAGAUGGUACAUAAGUUUGGUAAUUUAUUGAUUGUGCCAAACAGGCAUUGUUGUGUGCAUGUAGUAGUGUUAAAAGUUAAAAGUCUUUGCUAUACCGGUACAUAAACAUGGGUUGUAUUGUACAGUAACACAUUGAAAUGAAAAUGUACAUUUUGUAAUGUAUAUAUCAUGUAGUCUCAAAAACUACAGCAAUUGUACAAAUAAAAUUCUUGAAAUUGA